AGUGUCAAGUGCUUAUGUGGACAAUAAUACACAUUUGAAAUUUAUUAAAUUAUGGCAGAAAAAAAUUCUAAGGAUAAGACUAUUGCAGCUCAGUAUGCCGAAUUGAACAAAUUUGGCCAAAACGGAGAAUAUGAAAGGGCUUUAAAAGCUGCUAAUAAAAUUCUAGGAAUAGCUCCCCAUGAAUUUCUGGCCUUUAAUUCAAAAAUUGUGUGUCUAAUUCAUUUAUCAAAGUUUGAAGAUGCCAUUUCGCAAAUAAAUAAAAAUCCAGAGUACUUGCAGGACUUGAUAUUUGAGAAAGCAUAUUGUUAUUAUCGUAUUAACAAGCAUGAAGAAGCACUAAAAACCAUAGAGAAAAGUGAGAAGGAGCUUGAUUAUCGCAUUAAAGAAUUAAAGGCUCAGAUAUUGUAUCGCUUGGAGCACUUUAAUGAAUCGAAUGCUAUGUAUCAAGAUGUUGUUAAAAACACUGAUGAUGAUUAUGAAGAAGAAAGGUUAACAAAUUUAUAUGCCACCAUGGUUUAUAUGAGCCCCAAUAUAAUUGAAGGAUAUCUUGAUGAGGUUAAGGAAGUACCAUAUGAGCUUUGUUACAACAAGGCAUGCAUGCUUAUCGCUUUGGAAAAUUAUAAUGAAGCCGAAAAGACACUCAAACAGUGUGAAAAAUUGUGCAGGGAGAAACUGGAAGAGGAUGAAGAUACGGUAGAAGAAGACAUUGAUAUCGAGCUGGCAUUAAUAAGAAUUCAAUUGGGGUUUGUUUAUCAUAAACAAGGGCGGUUUAAGGAAGCACAACAACUUUAUACAUCAAAUUUAAAAUUGAAGUUAGAAGAUAUUGCCUUGAUGGCUGUAGCUAGUAAUAAUGUUGUUUGUCUUAACAAAGACCAGAACUUGUUUGAUUCCAAGAAAAAAAUGAAAGUUGCGCUCGCAGAUGCAUUACUUUACAAACUACCAUCAAUGCAACGUAGAUAUAUAGCACUGAAUAAUGCAAUAUUAAACUAUUAUAUAAAUCAUACAGAACAAUGUGAAAAAGUGUGUAAGACCAUUGAAACUACUUGGCCCGAGCUUUUAACCCCAGUAACUUUAAUCAGGGCCAUGAAUUUAGUGAAAGCUGAGAAACUGAAUGAAGCAAUUAAUUUGCUUAAACAAUAUAAGACUACUGAACCACAUGAAAGGCUUUAUUUGAAUUUGUGUAUAGCUCAAUUGCAUUUAACAAAUGGAAAUAAGUUGGAUGCUUGUAAAGUUCUAGAAAAUCUUGGGGAUGAUAGUUAUAAGCCUGGUAUUGUGGGUGCUCUAACUACGCUAUAUCUUGGGGUAGGAGAUGAGGCGACAGCUUUAAAAAUGUUUGAGAAAGCUGUCGAAUUCUAUAAAAAAAAUAAGUUUAAUGCGGCAGAUUUAUCUAGUCUGUGGCGACAGGCAGCUGAUUUCCACAUACGCAACGGACAUCCCCAGGUUGCAGCUAACAGCCUGGAGGAACUUUUAGCCAGUAACCAAAAUGAUCAGAAAAUAAUUGCUCAAUUGGUUUUGGCUUGUGCUCAGUUUGACAAAUCAAGAGCUUUGAAACUUAGCAAGCAACUACCAUCUGUCAAAGAACUCUCCAAGGAUAUUGAUUUUGAGAAUAUUCAAAUUUUAGCACCAGUCAACACCAAGAAAAGUCCAGCCGCUAGAAGUGAUUCUUUACCAUGCACACCAAAAUCUGAAGAAACGCGUAAGAAAAACAGAAAGCACAAGAAAAGGAAAGGAAAGUUGCCCAAAAAUUAUGAUUCCAGCGUUAAGCCUGAUCCUGAACGUUGGUUACCUAAAUAUGAGAGAACCGGUUAUAGAAAGAAGCAAUACAGGCGAACCAAAGAUGUAGUUAUCAAAGGUUCUCAAGGGACUUCUUCUUUACAAGCGGAACAAUACGAUUUUUCAAAGUAUGUGGAUGACUCAUCAGAGGGUCAAACAACAACUGUAGAUCCUUCGCCUAGAGUCCAAAGUAAGGGUCAGCAUCAGAAAAAAGGGCAACAAAAAAAGAAAAGCAGGCGGCGUUAAAGUUUAUAUUAUUAUAUAUUUUUUAUAUUGUGGAAUUGACACUAUUGAUAUACAUUAGUUAUUAAUAAAGCAAUUUUUUGUUGCAUA